UAUCGUGAGUCGUCACUCGUGUCGUGUCACUCGCAGCUGAGCGUCGGCCGUCGGCAAAACACGUCGCGAUAGUAAACAAAUUCAAUACUCACAUUAUACAGUUUGUCAAUUGUUUGUUUCAUUAAUGAGGUCAAUUAUUUAUGAGUGAAUAGUAUUUCGUUGAUAGACAGCAGAAAAUUAGGUGAACAUGAGCGGCCGUGUGCAAACCGUGCUGGGCGCCGUGUCCGGGGAGGCGCUGGGGCGCACGCUGCCGCACGAGCACCUGAGCAUGGAGUUCACGCACUUCUACCGGCGGCCGCCGACGGCGCUGGCCGGCAAGCUGUCGGCGCGCCACAUCUCGCUGCAGGCCGCCGGCUACCUGCGCCAGUACCCCUACUCCUCCAAGUACAACCUCACGCUCAACGACAAGGACACGGCGCAGGCGGUGCUCAACGACGUUAAGAUGUUCAAGGAGUCUGGGGGAGGUACGAUCGUGGAGAACUCGGCGGAGGGCCUAGACAGAGACUUGUCAUUCCUGAAGCGCGUGUCGGCGGCGACGGGCGUGCACGUGGUGGCCGGCACCGGCUACUACAUCGCCGACACGCAGCACGACGACGCGCUGCACUACACCAGCGAGGAGAUGUACAACCACAUGGUGGCCGAGCUGACCGAGGGCUGCGCGGCGGACAACAACAUCAAGGCGGGGUUCAUCGAGGUGGCCAGCGUCUGGCCUAUCCGAGAGUUCGAGCGGCGCGCGAUCGUGGCGGCGGGCGAGGCGGUGGAGCAGCUGGGCUCGGGCGUGAGCUUCCACCCGCACCGCCACCCCGACGCGCCCGCCGAGAUCGUGCGCGUCUACCUCGAGGCGGGGGGCGCCGCGGACCGCGCCGUCAUGAGCCACCUCGACCGCACGUUCCUCGAGGAAGAGAAGUUGCUGACGUUCGCGGAGCUGGGCACGUACUGCCAGCUGGACCUGUUUGGCACCGAGGUGUCGUACUACCAGCUCGCGCCCGACAGCGACAUGCCGAGCGACGCGCGCCGCCUGCAGCUGCUGCGAGCGCUGCUGCGCGACGGCAGAGCCGAGCGCUGCACGCUCUCGCACGACAUACACACCAAGCACCGCCUGGCGGACUUCGGCGGGCACGGGUACUCGCACCUGCUGACCAACGUGCUGCCGCGCAUGAAGGCGCGCGGCUUCUCGCAGCAGGACAUCGACCUCUUCACCAUACACAACCCCCGGCGCUGGCUCACCAUACACAAGGAGUUCUAAUGUUGCGGCGCGAGCGCGACGACCCAAACACUUCCAAUACGACAACUCUCCAGUUCCUUGCACCUGCAACUUGUGCAGAUCCGUGUCCAAGCCUGUCAUGGACGUGUAGUGUAGGCCUCGCGGCCGAUUGCAUAGCGAUGAUUUGUUAGUCAGUAGCUCAAAUAUUUUACAACCACCUGUAAAAUGUAUAUUCUUAUACAAUUUAUUUUUGAUUACGGUAUAAGAUUAAGUGAAGAAAAUUGACUUAAUAUAUUUUUCCCCUCACUAGCUCGGAAACACGUGUUUUGUCCUUACCAGCGGGUAAAAACGCAUUUUAUCCACUAGUGGGUAAAGUAAUUUGACCUUGAAUAAAGUCAAAUUAACUGCUUC